CCACCAUCAUCCAGAUUUAAUUUUGAACACCAAAAAAAUAAGAAGCAUCCUCCUCACCAUCCUCUCCCCAUCCUACUCCUCCUUCUGUUCAUAUCCGCGCCUCCGCCAGCGGCCGCCACCCUCAACACGGUCGCAGACUGUGGGCCGAGCCUGCUGCCUCUAUCCCCAUGCGCCCCCUUCGUGCAGGGCAGCACCCCUGCCCCAGUCCGCACGUGCUGCAACAGCGUCGAGAAGCUCUACAAGCACAACGUCACGUGCCUCUGCGUGCUGCUCGACAACUCCGGACCCGAGUUGCCUCUGCCAAUCAACACCACUCUCGCUCUCCAGCUACCCUUCCUUUGCAAACUCAACAUCAGCCCUACUACCUGCCCAGGAGUUUUGUUGCCUUCUCCGUCUCCUCACACUCAUGCUUCUGUUGCGGCCAACCCGAACUCAAGAGCUAGAGGUAUGGAACUUACUGUAAUAACCACUGGAAAUGAAUGGUUAUCUUCAAGCAGACUUUUGCUGGCUUUAAUCACUGAAUUACUUGUGUUUGAUGACUUGUUCCUGUGGGGGAUUUCAGCUUCUCCGAUGGGCACGUGAUCACCUAGGCCCCGGUUUGUGAGCUUCGCCUAUCAUAAUAAUGC